CCGCGCGAUGGGAUCGGAGGCAGCUCAGCUGCUGGAGGCUGCUGACUUCGCCGCUCAAAAACACCGACAGCAGCGACGGAAAGAUCCUGAAGAGACUCCCUACAUCAAUCACCCCAUCGGUGGGCGUGCCGGUUGGGAAGCAGUUCUCUCGGCGGGUGGGGACUGACUGGGACACAGAGCGAGUAUAAAUUAUUGAGCGCCUUCUUCGAGUCUCAAGCGUUGUAUCAACCACUUUUCAUGCGUUAUGCCGUGUGUAGCCCGGAUCCUAACCCAUGAGGCUGGAAUCACUGAUAUUGUGGUGUUGCAGGCGGCCUUGCUCCAUGACACAGUAGAAGACACAGAUACUACCCUGGAUGAGGUAGAGCUGCACUUUGGAGCACAGGUUCGACGCUUGGUGGAGGAGGUAACAGAUGACAAGACUCUGUCCAAACUGGAAAGAAAGCGGCAGCAGGUGGAACAGGCACCCCACAGCAGCCCAGGGGCCAAACUAGUGAAGCUGGCAGACAAGCUACACAAUCUAAGGGACCUGAAUCGCUGCACCCCUAAAGGAUGGUCAGAACAUCGAGUCCAGGAGUACUUCGAGUGGGCAGCACAGGUGGUAAAAGGGCUUCAAGGAACGAACCAGCAACUGGAAGAGGCACUAAAACAGCUGUUCGAGGAACGAGGGCUGACUGUCUGAGAGAGCCUCCAUGCAGUCCUGUGGCAUGGCUCCAGUAAGGCCCAGGAAAGAUAGGAUUCUUACUGCAUCUCCAAGUGUCCUCAUCUCUCACAUUCCUUCAUUCAGCCCAGACACCACGGGCUAAAAGCUUCUGCCUUUUUUCACUCAGCUGAGCCCCAGAUAUGGAAACCAGAAAUGCCCAUCAUACACUAACAGCCUUUCCUUAAGUCUUGGCUCUGUUUGCUGUUUUUCAUGGUGGGACCUCUGGCCCCUUAGGGACCUAAGACUGGAUGAGCCUUGGUUUAUAAGUCGUGGAAAAUAAAGCACUUAGGGUAAAGGCUUAAA